AUGGAGAAGCUGAAUCCAAUAGUCUUGGGUAAGCAACCCUCACGCAAAACGCCUUUCCAGCCGGCCCAUGCUUUAAAGUAUGGUGUCGAGAUCGUGCUCCGAGACAAGACUGGCGUCGUGUGCUCUGUUGAGUGCCUUUUCUGCCGGUAUUUCGGGCGCGAAGAAGCUGUUGCUUCAAAACGCAAGCGAACGCAGAAUGUUCGGACGUACAAGCCCCCCUAUCGACCUCAAAGCUACAUUGAACACAACCAAACGGCUCAUCCUGAAAAGUGGAGUGAGUAUGAAGGUCUCAGUGAUGCGGAUAAAGUGGACUUCUUCAAAGACCGAACCCCCCCAAAAAAAAACCAGUUGUCGGCUCACUUCGACAAAGAGUCCGCGUGUGUGCGCUUUUCAUUUCCUGCCGAGAUUGUUGAGGUCCUCCUCGGAAAUCUUUUUUUUAAUGCGGAGGACGAGGAGGCUACUGUCGCUACUGCGCUUCGUGCAUUUGGUCCGAAUCUAGAUGAAAAAUACAGCGUUGUGAUCAAGACCCCUCUUCGAUUCACGCUUGCCGUCCAGCAUCUUUCCGUCGGCCUGUCAUUUCGCCAAACUGCUGAAGUAAUCCGGUAG